AUGUCCUCAGCCACUCUUUUCACCACACCACCGCCGUCCUCCACCCUGCGCACGGCCGCGGCACCAACAACUCAGGUAGACAGGCUGGCCCUCUUAAUCGACAGGUCCAAAUCAACAAACCAGCUUCUCCAAAUACACGCCGCUCUUGUUCGGCGUGGAUUGGACGACCACCCUAUCUUGAACUUCAAGCUCCAACGCUCCUACUCCACCGUGGGCCACCUUCACUACUCCGUUUCCCUCUUCAACCGCACCCACAACCCAAACGUGUUCUUAUGGACCUCCAUUAUCCACGGUCACGUGCACUGUGGUCUCUUCGACAAAGCACUCUUCUAUUACGUGCAAAUGCUUACCCAACAUGUUCAACCCAAUGCCUUCACCCUCUCCUCUAUCCUCAAGGACUGUGCUCUUGAACCCGCGAGAGCCAUUCAUUCCCAAGUCAUCAAAUUCGGGUUAGGUUCUGACCUUUACGUUGCUACGGGUCUCGUUGAUGCUUAUGCUCAAGGGGGUGAUGUUGUGUCUGCAGAGAAGGUGUUUGAUAAAAUGGGUGAGAAGAGCUUGGUUUCUGUGACGACCAUGCUUACUUGCUAUGCUAAGCAUGGAAGGCUCCGGGAGGCUAGGUUGUUGUUCGAAGGAAUGGAGGAGGACAAGGAUGUGGUUUGUUGGAACGUUAUGAUUGAUGGGUAUGCUCAACAUGGGUUCCCAAAUGAGUCUUUGUUGCUUUUUAGGAAAAUGCUUGGUGAGAAUGUUAGGCCUAAUGAAAUCACUGUGUUGGCUGUUCUCAAUUCUUGUGGGCAGCUUGGUGCUCUGGAGUCUGGUAGAUGGGUCCAUUCAUAUAUUGAGAACAAUGGCAUUGGGUUUGGUGGGGCUAAGGUUCUUGUGUGUACUGCUUUGGUUGAUAUGUACUGCAAAUGUGGGAGCUUGGAGGAUGCGCGCAAGGUUUUUGAUAAGAUUGAUGGUAGGGAUGUGGUGGCUUGGAACUCGAUGAUUAUGGGAUAUGCUAUCCAUGGAUUUAGUGAACAAGCUUUUCAGUUGUUUUAUGAGAUGUGUGACAUGGGAGUCAAACCUACUUAUAUCACAUUUAUUGCUGUUUUGAGUGCUUGUGGACAUUCUGGUUUAGUCAGCAAAGGAUGGGAGUUUUUCAAUUUGAUGAAGAAGGAAUAUAAGAUGGAACCGAAGAUUGAGCAUUUUGGAUGUAUGGUGAAUCUUCUUGGCCGAGCUGGGCGUCUGCAAGAAGCUUAUGACCUUGUGAGGAGCAUGAAGAUUGAUCCUGAUCCUGUCCUAUGGGGAACUUUACUUUGGGCUUGUAGACUCCAUAACAAUGUUUCAUUGGGAGAGGAAAUUGCAGAGUAUCUUGUGAGCCAUGAUUUUGCUAGUUCAGGGACUUAUGUUCUUCUUUCUAACAUGUAUGCUGCUGCUGGCAACUGGGCUGGUGUGGCUAAAGUUAGAUCAUUGAUGAAAGACAGUGGAGUUGAAAAGGAACCUGGUUGUAGCUUAAUCGAAGUUAACAACAAGGUACAUGAGUUUCUUGCUGGUGAUUUAAGACACCCAAAGAGCAAAGAUAUAUAUUUGAUGCUGGAGGAGAUAAAUUGUUGGCUCAAGGCCAAUGGUUAUACCCCAAAGACAGAUAUCGUUUUACAUGACAUAGGGGAGCAACAAAAGGAGCUAUCCUUGGAAGUUCACAGUGAGAAGCUUGCCUUAGCAUUUGGACUUAUAAGUACCCGUCCUGGAAUCACAGUCAAGAUUGUAAAGAACCUUAGAGUGUGUUUGGAUUGUCAUGCUGUGAUGAAAAUGAUAUCUAAGAUCACUGGGCGUAAAAUUAUAAUGAGGGACCGGACUCGGUUCCACCACUUUGAGAACGGUUCAUGUUCAUGUGGGGAUUACUGGUGA